AUGUCCACCAUCCAGAGAUCGCUGGCCUGGGCCGAAGUUGCGCCUGGAAUCUGGCACCGAGAUAUCGAUGAGGUCGAGACUUUUUGGGCCCAGGCGGCCAGGGCUCACGACACACAGGGAAGGAGACCGUUUGCCAUAACUGGACACGCCUCGCUGCAAAUCAACCAGGUGCCUUCAAGCUUGCACAAGGAUCUAAGCAGCUCUUUAAGAGAAGCCUGGUGUCGUAUACGCCAUGACCAUCCAUCGGUCGCUUCCGAAGUAAAUUACGAUUUUGCUACGGAGCGGUUCACGCGGGAGUAUCGCACUCUUCAGAAUGAUGCUGAAAGGGAGGCGUGGCUAUCGUCAACUUUUAUCGAAAUCGCAACCGGCCAAAGUGGUGUCGAAUUUGCCAACUCUGAUCCGCCAGCGCCUAGCCUGCCGACCCUUUUCGUUAUCAGACCGUCUUCACAUGACGAUUCAUCGGACUGUCGCGAUAUUGUCUUUCGUGCUCCUCACGACACCAUUGAUGGCGUCGGGGCGCUGUUGCUACUGAAGAAUCUUUUGGAACAUGCGUCUCGCAUCUUUGAGCAGGACGUCACAUAUGGGAUCCCCGACUUCAAUGGUACUGAGACCCAGAAUUUGAGUCCUUCGUACCGCGCGGCGGCCGGAGUUCCUCAACAAUUCACACCAGCUCUACAGAAAAGAGUCGCCCAGAUGACCGCAGAACAUGUCGCUUUCUCCACGACGCGUGCGCCCGAAUCGAAGCAUUAUCUUUCACCGCCCUUUGUACAUGGCGCUCAGUCACCUGGCCGGCAUCAGCGAACUGACAUCACCUUGGAUUCUCAAACGUCAGCAAGCAUCCUCGUGGCCUGCAAAAAACUUGGUGCAACCGUCACCCACGCCGUGAACGCCGUGAUUCCUAUCGUUCUGCGAGAUCUUGUCCCUGAAGGCGCAAAGAAUGAGACCUUCUACUUUCGCUGGGACCUGUUGCGCAAUCUGAGGCCAUUCUGCGCCGCGCCCUACAAUUCGAACAAGCACCCCGUCACGGCCUACCAUUCGGGCUCGUGUUUCGCUUGCGACCUGGUGAUCCCUCCGAAGACAGACGAGAAGUCCUCCAAAGAUGAUUUCGAACACGUUCUACAGGAGAUCAGCGCCCUGUAUCGUCGGGUAGCUGACGACACUGAACAUGGCCUACUUGCGCCCACUGUUUGGACCGGCUGGCUGCAGACUCUCCCGAAGAUUAAGAAGAACCCUGCACCUGGACCACAACCGUCUUCAACGCCAGGCGUGACUCUAUCGAGUUUAGGCCGUGUAGACGGUAUCCUGCCGUCCAGAAUUGGUGCGUUUCGCGUGAGCAGGCCGUGGAUCACCGGAGAAGAGAUGCGCAACGGACUUGGGCUCUUCCUUACAUCUCACCAAGGGCAGUUGAAUCUUGCGGCGGCGUACAAUGACGCUUGGCAGACUGAGGAGGCGGCACAGAAUUUCCUGAAGGCGUGUUUGCGAUCAUUGAGUACGGCGCUCAAUGUUGAGAUCUGA